CCACGCCAAUGUCUACAGCGUCCUCGUCAAUGUCAAUAGCGUCUUCGUCGAUAAUGGUCUCGUCGAUGACGCUUCCGAAUGAACUUUGGCUUCCUAUAUUCGAAUAUCUGCCUCCGCAGUCGCUUGGUUGUGUUGUGUUGACGUCGAAGAAAUUCUAUGCAAUCGCCAUUCGUCUUCUUUACAAGCAUCUGAUUCUGGCGUCCCCGACAUCGUUUGUAACGUCCUACUCUGUACUGUCUUUAAUGCAGCCUGCACCACACGCACUUCUUUUAGGCAUAUCUCCUGCUCGAGGUCGCAACGUGGAGCAACUAAAAGAAGCUGUAGCUGUUGUUUCCUUUGCGGAUGCUAACGAUUGGACGUCAAUCCCUGUCGGUGCUGAUCGCCAAUCAACCAGGACUUACUUCUCCCAGAUCAAGGAUGCCUAUCAACCACGCUUCCUUGCAGACCCUACCGUCUACAGCACCCUCCUAACCAAAGUCGUCUCAUUUACCUCUCUCAGACAACUCGUCUUCCGUGGUAUGCUUCUCCCCCAAGAUUUCCGCUCCAUCGUGCACGGCUUGCCGCACCUGCGUAAUUUGGCAAUUGUGCACUGCACCCUUCCCGUCAUCCGUACCCCUCUAGAACCUACCAACACUUCCCUGGAAAUCGAAUCUCUCACCGUCCUUGAUAUUCGCUACGCCAUCGCACUUGGACCCGAUGAUAAUGACAUUGCCCGUACCGCUCUGCGCCGAUUUGCAACAGCCCCAACCCUCCGCACCCUCACAUAUGAUCACACUGUUUGGAUACACCGCAUAUUUACAUUAUCCGCCCCAUGCCCCCCGCUCACUGCUCUCGACGUCAAGUUCCCUAUCCAGAGAGACCGUGACCGUGCCCGAGUCCCUCAUGGCUUCAUCCCUUUCCUUGAGGCUCUUCCCACCCUCCGCACUCUCAUCUUACGAAACCACGUCCCUUCCCUCCCGCUGCCGCCACACGCUCUUCCAGCCCUCCGUACCAUUUCUGCCCCUUUCUCUACAAUUCCUUCUAUCUGCUCCGGACGCAAAAUCAUUCAGCUCGAUAUCCGCGACGAGGCCGUGCUCGCGCCACUUUACAAGGGGUUUGUACAAGUGCGGUCUCAUUUGUUUAUGGUGAAAGAGCUUUCCCUGUUCCUGGGGGACUGGGACGACGAGGUCGUGUUGGCCAUAGUCGCACAUUUUCCUGCUUUAACCAAGUUACAAAUCAGGUAUGCAAGGGGAGGGCCAAGCGAGGAUACCAUCAUCGGCAUGGGUUCACGUACACUACAUACUCUUAAAAAACUGGACUCCGUGAACAUCUUCCAAAUUACUUUGCCCCCGCGCAUUGAAAAUCACCUCUUUGAGGUGAACGGCCGUGACGACGAUACCUCAUAUGGCGCCCCUGGUAUCGACGACACUUAUUUCCAGAGCAUGCAUGAUAUCGAUCCGGUUACAGACACAGAGGAAGAGGAUAUGGUGACCGAUGACGAGGAUGACGCUCAUAGCACACCCUCCCAGCAUUAUGCUCAUAGCCGUUGUAGCCAUGGGAUUCCCUACGGGAUGCAGUGCCACAAGUGCAUAACCGCCGCUCGGCGGGGGCAUUCCGGGAGAGCUACCGCUGCUGGUAGUGCCCCCAGAUCAAAUUUCCAGUCUAAAUGCAACUCUGAACCCGAGCUCGAAGAGUUCCGAGUGUCGGAACCGUUUGAUGAUUACACUCGCGAACUUGUCAUCGCAUGGAACCGUGCUUGUCCUGCGCUCCGAAAUGUUCAGUUGCACCCGGGGUGGGUGUGGCGGCGCGCGAACCCUGCUGACUCUUGGGUGGCGAGACCGUGUCAGCGGGGCGUUUGGGGCAAUGUUUUUGGGUCGACCAUUGAUGCGGAGGAUCUGGGUGGAAAUGACCAAGUGGAGAAUGGAGGACAGAACAGGAUGCCACAAGGGCAGACCAUCACAAUUCGUCUCAGGGGUUCACAGGCGUAACAUGGCGGUUAUUUUUAUUUUGACUAUUCGCAUUGCUAACGAGAUUGACGUAUUCGUGGUUGCACAAAGUAAUUGUAGGUUAUUUGUGUAAGUUAUUGGUGUAGGUUACGGGGCGUUCUGUGUAGGUUAUUUUUUGAUGUUCCGAGGUGUUCAGGUAUGUACUCGUAUGUAUUCAUAUUUUAUGUUAUGUUUGGUCUAGUUCUUUGCUACAUGCCUUGCGCUCUUUUCAGAUUCAACGGAAUGCUCCUCAU